CAUCUUUGACUUAGUAAUGUCAAAGAAGUUCAUCACGAGCUUAGGACGUGCACGUUGUGUUGUAGUGCAGAGUGUUGUGUAUGUGUAGUUUUAGAUAAUGGCGAAGUUUGAUUUGACGUCGACGUUAGGACAGUAUUUGGAUAGACAUUUAGUUUUUCCAUUGUUAGAAUUUGUGUCAGCGAAACAGAUUUACGAUGAAACGGAACUUUUACAAGGGAAGCUGGACAUUCUCAGCAAGACAAAUAUGGUAGAUUACGCGAUAGACAUACGAAAGCAGUUGUAUCCGGAUCAAGAUGUGCCAGAGUCCCUGAAACAGAAGAGAGCAGAGGUCGUUACACAGCUAGCAGUGAUUCAGAAAGAUGUGGCAGCGGUCCUGGAGAUUAUAUCAAAUGAUGAUGUAAUGAACAAGAUGGAGAAUAUUAGAGAUCCCGAGGCAUUUGUACAGAACCUCAUCAAAGAACAUAAUUUCAAUUUGAAUAUGAUGGACAGUAUGUACAAGUUAGCAAAGUAUAGAUAUGAAUGUGGUAAUUACGCAGUGUCUUCCAGUUAUUUGUACUUCUACAUGCUUGUCAUGCCACCGUCUGACAAGAACUAUUUAAGUGUCCUUUGGGGUAAACUUGCAUCAGAAAUUUUGAUCCAGAACUGGCCAUCUGCCUUAGAGGAUUUGAAUAAGUUACGUGAAUAUAUUGAUACUACUUCAUUUGCAUCAGCCCUGCACCACUUGCAACAGCGAACGUGGCUAAUACAUUGGAGUUUAUUUGUGUACUAUACACACCCAAAAGGAAAAGAAUUGCUGAUUGAAAUGUUUUUACACAGACCACAAUAUUUAAAUGCUAUCCAGACCAUGUGCCCUCACAUAUUAAGAUAUUUAGCAGCUGCCAUUAUAAUUACAAAGAACCAAAGGAGCCUCAAGGAGUUAGUGAGGGUGAUUCAACAGGAAUCUUAUACUUAUCGUGAUCCAGUUACAGAAUUUCUGGAGCAUUUGUAUGUGAACUUCGAUUUUGAAGGUGCACGUCAGAAGCUGCACGAGUGUCAAACAGUGCUUUUCAAUGACUUCUUCUUGACAGCAUGCCUUACCGACUUUGUGGAGAAUGCUCGACUUAUGAUAUUUGAAACUUUUUGCCGAAUUCAUCGGUGUAUCAGCAUUGGGAUGUUAGCUGAAAAGUUAAAUAUGAAUCCUGAAGAGGCAGAAUGCUGGAUCGUUAAUCUCAUUAGGAGUGCAGACCUGGAUGCUAAGAUUGACUCAAAACUAGGUCAUGUUGUAAUGGGGACACCACCUUUAUCUCCUUACCAACAACUUAUUGAAAAGAUUGACACUCUUUCCGUUAAAUCAGAAACCCUGCAAAAUCUGGUUGAAAGAAAACUAAAUGCCAACAGCCAAGAUUAUCGGUGGGGAGCCCCAGAGUAUUGAUCUCAAUCUUGUAAAAUAGUGUAAGGACUGUAUUUUACUACACACAAACUGAACAUUAAUAAACUUUACAGAAACUGUU